UCUAGGGUACACAGUAGCAAACACGAUGGCUUCAGCAUCUGAUCUCAUUUGUCCCCUGUUCUCUUCAGUUUUACUGCUACGUGCAGCAUUCAGCCAGGAACUCAAGCUGCGAUUUGACCCUCAACAUUACAUCACCACUUUGGGAGAUUCUGCCAAGCUGCAGCUUUGGAUCGAUGGAUAUUCGCAGAACAAUCUUUCGGUGAGCUUCCCUCAUUUGAACAGUACGUUCGUCGAAGUUUCACCGAAUGUAAUCUGGAUCUCGGCAAACAGUUCCUGGGAUCGAAAGCGAAUGCUGCUGGAUGUUCAAGGGACUCGACCAGGGAGAUUUAUACUGAAGGCUACGGUUGAACCAACGGAUUCCGUUGAUGAUCGUAGACUUUUCGUACUACUCAAGUUUGCUCUCAGUCAACCAUGGAUCUACAUUUCUUUGCUGAUCGGAUGGAUUUAUGCAGCCUGUUGGGCUAUUGGGAACUAUCCCCAGAUCAUACUUAACUACAAAACCAAAUGUGUUAUAGGAUUAAGUUUUGAUUAUUUACAUAUCAAUAUCGUAGGGCACGCUAGCUACGCGAUCUUCAACUCCUUCCUUUACUGGAAUGCUCACGUCGAAGAGGAAUACUUUCGAAGACAUCCUUACGGACUUAAUCCAGUGAUUGGGAACGACGUUGGCUUUGCGGUGCACGCUUGUUUCGCCACUGGUCUGACGCUGGUUCAGUGUUACAUCUACGAGAAUGGGGGCAACUGCGUGUCCCGGAUGGCCAAAACGAUCAUCGGAACGUACUAUGGUAUUAUCCUAGUGUCUGGGGCAAUGGUUUUCGUCGGAUCGUUUCACUGGUUGGAUUUCUUGUACGUUCUAAGCUACAUUAAGCUAUCGACAGUCCUCAUCAAAUACUUCCCUCAGGCCUACGUAAUCUAUAAGCGAAAAACCACCGAAGGUUUCGCCAUUAUGACCCGAGUAUACGACAUUGCCGGGGGUGUUUUCUCGGUGCUGCAGAUGCUUAUUAAUGCUUGGAAUUUCGAUGAUUGGCAAUCCAUUUCCGGCGAUCCAGUUAAAAUCGGUUUGGGACUGUUCUCAAUAAUGUUCUGCAUGAUUUUCAUUGUUCAGCAUUAUAUUUUGUACCGACCAUCGAAGGUCCGACAAGUUCCGGCUCAUGAUAUAAACUACCAUCUGGCAGCUGAAAAAUGAUAGUGUUAAUUAGUUAGUUAUUUUGUUGAUUUAAAAAAAAGGG